UUUUUUUGGCGGUUAUGAACUUCAACAAUUUUUACAUUUUCGUUUUCCCUCUCAAUUAUACUGUGCACUGAAUCUUCUUCGCAUUUCAAUCCAAUUCCACCUCUCCCUCUCGUCACCACCGCACACCGCCUCACUUCUGCGUCUCGCUUUCAACACCGGCGCGCCGCACCACUUCUUCGUCUUAGAUUCAAUCGUCUCCCUCCCAGGACCAACGUCUUCCUCUCUCUCUAUAUCAGAGGUGAAGUUCUUGAACAGUGAACAAAGGCUGUGUAGUGGAAGUUUGAGCUUUGAACAUGUAUGGGAGAACAGCUUGCCAACUUGUGAAAGAAUUUGCAAGCGGAGAUAAGGGCCAGCUUGUGUCAUUCAAUAGUGACUUGUUUCAACAAGUAGUUGCAGAAUGCAGUCAACAUCACCUUGAACUGCAGUCCCUGAUAAGGAAGAUACAGGAAGAAGGUUUGGAUAUCCAAACAGCAAGAAAUGCAGAUCACUACGGAGCUCUUAUCCAUCAUCUUGCUUUAGUCCGAAAUAAACGUUGCCUAAUGGCUUAUGUGUAUAAUAGAGCGGAAAUUAUUCGGAACUUAUUAUGGAAGAUAGGGCAUGUGCUUCCUCAAGAAAUUGAAGAGAAGCUUUCACAUGCGGAGGAAGAACAUUUCAAGAAGCAUUCUACAGCAUUGAAAUCUUAUAUGUCGAAAGUGAUGGUUGAUCUGACUGUGGACAUGGUACCACCAAAAGAUCCUUACAUCAAAGUAAGGGUUCUCGAUGACAUUGGAGACGGCAUUCUACUUAGUGAUGAUAAGACUGCAAAUUUUGCCUGCCAUUCAAUGCAUCUUCUGAAGCGAACUGAUGCUGAGCAAUUUAUCUCACGGGGCCAAAUGGAGGAACUAUCUGGUUGAACCUUGUAGGCUUUUACCAAGAGGAUAUGUAUAUGAGAAGACCAUUCCAAAGUUGAUACGGAUUAUGUAAUAUUUUUCAAAUUUUUCUUUCAAUUUCGCAAGUGUUAGAUUAAGAACAAAGGUCAAAAGUUUAUUUAUUUGUGUUUCAAAAUACAUUUCCAAAUAACAAAAAUGUAUUGAGUUAUACUAAUGCAAAAAUGUAAUAUAUUAU